GAUCAGCUUCUCGACGGACUGCCCCAGCGAGCCAGGUUACUCUGGUGGACUGGUGGUGCUCGCGUCUCCUCCUCUCAUCGUCUCGUCUCCUUUUCUUUUCUCUCUCUCUCUCUCUCUCUCUCUCUGCUUCUCUCUCCCGGCCUCCCGCCCUCGCGCUCGGGGAGCGGCACAGAAAUGCGACGGCGAUGCCCCCCUUCCUCACAUGUUCCUUCCUCUCGCUCCCCUUCCCACCCCUAACCCUACCCUUUCUUCCUGCUCCUCCCCCUCGCCGCCGCCGUGUCUCGGCUGCCCCGCUCGCCGCCGCCGCCUACAGGCCCCCGCAGCGGCAGCCCUACUACCGCCGCCGCCCCGCCCCUCCGCCGCCGCAGCCGCAGACGCGCCCGUCCAAUGCGGGCCCGCCGCCCCCGCGCGGCGCCAUGGGGCAGGAGGACCUCGAGGCGGCGAUCUACGACUUCAUGCGCAGCUCCGACAAGCCCGGCGCGUUCCCCACCCGCGCGGAGCUCCUCGCCGCGGGCCGCGCCGACCUCGCCCGGGCGGUCGAGUCCAGCGGAGGGUGGCUCUCCCUCGGCUGGUCCUCGGGAGACUCCGUCUCGCCGUGCGUUACGGCGUCGGCCUCGUCAUUGGACGGCGGCGCCGGCGUGCACCCUGACUACCCUCCCGAGGCGGCGGGCACCUCGGACCUAGCACCGGGCGCGGAGGGGGCUUCCUGGAGGGAGCCAGAAGCGUCGCCGUCUGGGAGGCCGCCGGAGACGGAGGGGACAGAGGAGGUGGUUUCUGGAGCAGGCCUGGAGGGGAUGCUCACCAGGCUUCAGAGAGAGAGGGAGCGUGCGCGGCCACCACCACGGAGCAAUAACCGAGGGGGAGGGGGAGGGGGAGGUGACAAUGGUGUUUUAAUGAACCAUAAUGGAGCUCCUAGUCACACUGCAACUGGUGGCAUGCGCACUCGAAGGGUGUUUGAUAAUGGAAACAUACAUAGCUCUCAGUUGCAAAAUGGAAUACUAGCGGACAACAAAUCCUCAAGGAAUUCGACAAAUGAUGCUUGGCGAACAUGGUCACUUGACAGGGGCGGUUUUUCUGAUUUCCAAGUCGCUGAGAUCCAUCCUUCUGGCAGCAAAAAGGUGUUGAAACAUGAUGACCUAGACAUCGCAUUGGUUCAAGAUGACAUUCCAGGACCAUCUAAUGGUGUGGCUAUAAGUGAUUAUCCUAGUGAUGGUGUAGACUCUGAAAGAGAUGAGAUACAUGCACGUCUUCAAAAUUUGGAAUUGGAUCUUACUGAUGCUCUUAAGACAUUAAGAUCAAGAUUCGACAGUGUUUUGACAGAUCUGUCAAAUGGUGAUGGAACAAAUGUGGUGAAUGGGCUCUCUGAUGAUUGGGAAUUUGAAGAGACAAAAGUAAUGCAUGCUCAGGAAGAACUACGAUCAAUCCGUGCCAAAAUAGCAGUAUUAGAAGGCAAGAUGGCGCUUGAAAUAAUUGAAAGGAACAAAAUAAUUGAGGAGAAGCAGAGGAGGUUGGAUGAAGUUGAGAAGGCUCUGAGUGAGCUCCGCACAGUUUACCUUGUGUGGCCCAAUCCUGCUUCAGAAGUUCUAUUGACCGGGUCUUUUGACGGCUGGACAAGUCAAAGAAGGAUGGAAAAAUCAGAAAGAGGCAUUUUUUCCUUAAACCUGAGGUUGUAUCCUGGUAGAUAUGAGAUUAAAUUUAUUGUCGAUGGUGUUUGGAGGAAUGACCCGCUGCGCCCCACUCUGAACAACCAUGGGCAUGAAAACAACCUUCUGAUUGUCACUUGACUUGAAGCUGCAUCCUUGCAGCGUUUUUGUAGAUUAUAGAUCAUGAUCGGCGUCAUUGGUGCCAGCUGAUUAGACCGGUUCCUCCUUGUAGCUAAUCAGCUUUGCCCUAAGUUGUUUCUUAAUUUUUUUUAGAGCCCUGUACAACUUAAACAGUGUAGGUGUUGUCUUUACCCACGUUGGGAUGGGAGAAGAAUAUAGCUUUGUAUUCUUUUCUUCCCCCCUCUUUCUCCCUGGAGAAGCAUAGCGGUUCACUCAAAAUGCCCCUGUGGUGGUGGGUAGUUCACCUUCAUUGUGUGUAACAAUGUACAUAUCACGUCAUAGCAAAAUUGUCCUGGUUAGUUUGUGAAGGUGGUGGCUUGCUUGUCAGUAUAUUCAUUCACGAGCUUUCUGAGCAAA